AGUGAAGCGGGCCAAGCAAGCGAAUCUAUCCCUGCCGAUAGAACAGCCUGGGCAAACAUUCUGCACUUCAAAGGCAUUUUCCAUAGAUCGAAUUAAUUGAAACUGAAAUGCGCUUCGGCCUCUAAUGACUUUCGAAAGUAUUUAAAACGGCAGCCCGAAACCAGCUCGCAGCUCGCUUAAUUUCUUUUGGCCAAAAACUUUGCCAAGUGCCAAAGCAGAUAAAAAAAAACAAAAACAAUAACAAAAAUAAAUUACAAAUUACAAAUUACAGCGCAACCGAAGCUCUGUCUAAAUGGGCUUGGAAUUUGGCAGCUGUGUGAGACAAAUUGAAUCAAUUUUUGCAAAUAUGCAGGACAUGGAAUAAGCAAAUGAAACUCUUCAAAGACAACGCUACCGAAGGGCAUCAAUAAAUAAAUGUGCAUAUACUUGAACAUAAUUUGUUCAGUAUAAGAACAACAAAAAGCGAAUAAGAGAAAAAAAAAAACACACACACACAUACACAAGCAAUCAAAUUCUAUUUUCAAAUUGAAUUUUAAAUGCACUCACACACGAGGCAGUAAAGACGCUUGACUGCUUGGACGAGCGGAAGAGUGGGGCAAACGAGUGCGGGCUGAAAGGACAUAACGACAAUAUUUGCCAUCAAAAUCGAAAUCGAAGUAGUGACAAGGCAGCUACUUGUUAGCCAAACAAAGUAAUCAAAACUUGCCGAGCAGCAGCAAAGCAGCAGGAUCCGGGCAAUGCGAAUGCCGUAAACAAGUUCAGGAAAUAUAUGGAAAAAAAAAAAAUAAAAUAAACGGAAACGCAGCUUUCGAUAGCCAACAUCAAACAAACAUUGCCGGAAAAAGGGCCAAACAACAGGGGCACAAAAAACACACACACAUACACACAGAGAGAGAGAGAGAGAGGGAGAGCGAGAGAGUGAGACAGUGAGAAAUAAAUAUAAAACAAUUGUGGCACGAGUAACAAUCAUAGCAACAAUCAAUCAGAGUCCGAAUCGUAUAAAGAUUUCGUACCUGCAUCUAAAACCAAAGCGCAAACAAUACAAACAGAAAUUCCUGUGGCGUUGACAAGUUAAAUAGUCAAGGUCAACGGCCUUCCGCCAUUCGGAGAUGCCACAAAUGUGGGCAACCAGCCGUUGCUUACAAACACCGUGCCGUGCCGCAGACAGAGGCUGAGAGACGCGCCGCACUCUCCAAUACACGGCCAGCGCCGAGUCUUGAUUUCCGGCCAAGCAACAAACCUUCACCCCCCCCGCCACACAAACACACACACACACACACACACACAGACACCGACACACACAAGUGCACAACCCCUUGCCGCAAAGAACAUUUUUUGAUAAAUGGCAGCUAGAGUAAAAAAAUUUGUGGCAAGCCAAAAGUAAAAGUUUUCGCUUGCUUGCAAAAUUGAAAGGCAAGCAAAAGGUGGCGCAGAUAAGGGCCAGCAACAAUAAAAACAACAACAACAACAACAAUAACAACCGUCCCAUCAGGAACAGAAGUGGCAUUAGCAAGCGUCAGCCUCGACUUUGAUAACAACAGCAACAGCCACAAAAAAAAAAACAACAAACAAGAGGCAAAAAAGUAAGAAAAUAAAAAAACAAUUGCCGUUGAAAAUUGUUUUCGUUGUCGUUCCGUUCGUCACCCUGUCUCCGACUCCGACACCCUGUUCCCCGUCCGUGGCUUGAUUCUGGUGGAUUCUGGUUAUUGAUUCACUGUGGCAACCGCCACCCGCCACACGCCGCCCGCCGCCCGCCGCCCGCCUACCGUCGCCACCGUCACCGCCUGAUCGAUGCGCCAUAUGUCUGCCUAACGGACGGUGCCACUUUGCCAGUUGGCCGCAUGCCACAGGUUGAUGCUGAGGUUGGCGCUUGAGUUUGAGUGCACCGAGCUUUGCGUUUGAGAGUUUGAGUAAUUGUGACGUCACAACGUGAUAGACACUGAUAGCGACUGACGAAUGCCAAUCGAAACGGGCUCUUUGAAUAAAUGAAUGCCCUCAAUUGGCUUUUAACUGCAAACAGAGCAGAGAACGCAGCUGCCCAAGUUGGCAGCAGCAGCAGCAGCAGCAGCCGGAGAGCCAUUCCCAAAUUGAUACACUCAACUAACGAAAUGCGUCUGAUUGUGGCCAUUAGGAGAAUGGGUGCCCAACGGACGCACACAUCAGGCACAGCCAGUGCCGCCGCCAUCACGUGUUGGCUGGCCUAUGCCCUGGGAUUUCUAAUUUUGCUGCCAGCCUGCUCAGCUGGACCGCACGAGAAGCGUUUGCUGCACGCUCUGCUGGACAACUACAACAGCUUGGAGCGGCCCGUGGUCAACGAAUCCGAUCCAUUGCAAUUGAGUUUCGGUCUAACACUAAUGCAAAUCAUCGAUGUGGAUGAAAAGAAUCAGUUGCUCAUCACGAACAUUUGGCUUAAAUUGGAAUGGAACGACAUGAAUCUGCGCUGGAACUCCAGUGAAUUUGGGGGUGUGCGCGAUUUACGUAUACCGCCCCAUCGCUUGUGGAAACCGGACGUGCUCAUGUACAAUAGCGCGGACGAGGGCUUUGACGGCACCUAUGCCACCAAUGUGGUUGUGCGGAACAAUGGCAGCUGCCUGUACGUGCCGCCCGGCAUCUUCAAGUCGACGUGCAAAAUCGACAUUACCUGGUUCCCCUUCGACGAUCAGCGCUGUGAGAUGAAGUUCGGCUCCUGGACCUACGACGGUUUUCAGCUGGAUCUACAAUUACAGGAUGAAGCGGGCGGCGACAUCUCCAGUUUCAUAACGAAUGGCGAAUGGGACUUGUUAGGUGUGCCCGGUAAACGUAAUGAAAUCUACUAUAAUUGCUGCCCAGAACCUUAUAUUGACAUAACAUUCGCCAUUUUGAUACGACGGAAAACUUUAUACUAUUUUUUCAAUUUGAUUGUGCCGUGCGUAUUGAUCGCAUCGAUGGCACUGCUAGGGUUUACACUGCCACCAGAUUCUGGUGAGAAGCUCUCGCUUGGAGUUACUAUUUUACUAUCGCUCACAGUCUUCCUGAACAUGGUAGCGGAAACGAUGCCAGCGACAUCCGAUGCCGUGCCGCUGCUGGGAACUUAUUUCAAUUGCAUUAUGUUUAUGGUGGCCUCUUCAGUUGUGUCAACCAUACUUAUCCUCAAUUAUCAUCAUAGAAAUCCAGAUACGCAUGAAAUGAGUGAAUGGAUAAGAGUAAUAUUCCUUUAUUGGUUACCUUGCAUAUUGCGCAUGCAAAGACCCGGACAGGUUGGCUACGAAUGCCCGCCGCCGCCCUCGUCGUCGGGCUCCUCGAAUGCUGGUGACAAAAAGCAACAGAUACAAAACGUUGAGCUUAAGGAAAGAUCCUCGAAAUCGCUGCUCGCCAACGUUCUCGACAUAGACGACGACUUUCGUUGCAAUCAUCGUUGCGCCAGUGCCACAUUGCCCCAUCAGCCCACGUACUACAGGACAAUGUUCAGGCAAGGCGACGAUGGCAGCGUGGGUCCGGUGGGUCCUGUGGGACCUGUCGCCGCCGUCGCCGAUUCCCGAAUGCACGAGGCCAUUUCGCACACUUGCCUCAGCUCCUCGGCGGAGUAUGAGCUGGCGCUGAUACUCAAGGAGCUGCGCUGGAUAACCGAUCAGCUGAAAAAGGAGGACGAGACUGGCGACAUAACGCGCGAUUGGAAAUUUGCGGCAAUGGUCGUGGAUCGUUUGUGCCUUAUUAUUUUCACGCUUUUCACAAUUAUAGCCACUCUGGCUGUAUUGUUUUCGGCACCACACUUCAUUUUCCCAUAAAUGCUUCAUAAAACUCUGACGGUCUGCGUAAUUCUUCAGUUAGAUACAAGUCGUACAAAUAUUGUUUCUACUUUUGUAAAAUAUUUAAGAAAAUACAAAAAAGAUAAUAACUAAAAACAAAAACUAUGUAAAGAAUACAUAAACAAAUGAAUGCUUUUCAAAUUACGAUUCCUUUGAAUUC